GGGACGCUCGGAUCGGCUGGAGAGUCCGGAACAGGGAUGGGCAGCCAGGGCCUCCGCCCCCAUGCCUUGAAGACCCCUCGCUGCCCUUGACUGGGACACAGUCCAGCAGAGCGGAGAGGAUCCUAGCCCAGGCCCUGCAGCAGUGUCUGUAGCCUGGGCAUCACUGAGAGAGACAAUGGGACAAGCAGCAAGUUCCAGAGAGCGCGAAAAGUCACGGCAGCCACUUAAUGAAAGUGAUUCCCAGAGGAAGAAAGGAGAUCUAGAACCUCACUGUAACUACAAGAGAAGUACAGUUGCCCUCGCAGUCACCCUUGCAGUUGUGUCCUCAGGUUUCACUGCUGCUAUUUUGUCAGUGCUCCUAAUCAGAAGAUAUUCAGAUGAUCCAGUCUCCUGUGUUGUCCUGUCUCCGGGGUCCUCUUUUAUGCCCUCUCCAGGGCCCCCUUUUGUCCUCUGUCCGGACCCCCCUUUUCUCCCCUAUUGCCUGGAUGGCUGGGUCGGAUACCGAGGGAAAUGCUACUAUUUCUCAGAGGAAGAAAAGACCUGGGAGUCUAGCCAGCACUUCUGCUCUUCGUUCAAUGCUUCCCUGGCUGUGAUUGACACCCAGCAGGAAAAGGAUUUCAUGAUGCGCUAUGCAGGCAUCGUUGAGCACUGGAUCGGCCUCAGAAGAGACUCAGGCCAGCCCUGGAAGUGGGUGAACGGAACCAUAUUCAGCCAGCAGCUGUUUGAAGUAAGAGCAGAAGGUGAUUGCGCAUAUUUGAGCGACGUCUUCGUGAGCUCUUCAAGGUGUUAUUCGCUGAGAAACUGGAUCUGUAGCAAACCUGAUGCACAUACAAAGGGAAAGGAACAUGCAAUGGAGCGGGACUAUGUACAAGUUUAACGGGUUAUCCGAUAAGCUUGAUGCUUAUCAGUAGGGCCCUACCAAUUUCACACCAUGAAAAUGCAUCACAGACCAUGAAAUAAGCCUUUCCCUGUGAAAUCCGAUGUCUCCUUGUUCCUAGGAGCGCCCCAGCAAAGGGCUACUCUGAGGGCGGGGAGGGACCAGACCAGAUGCAUCUCCGGGUGUCUUCUCCUGCUGCAGGAGACAUGUGGAGUUGGAUCAUAUGUUCCCCUGUCCUGCUGGGAGUGCUCCAUCAAGGGGUUGUGUGAUCAGAAGCACAGUUUGUGACUGGUUGGGGAGUUUAACUUCAGUGUUACCCACCAGUCUUGGGAGGAUCUGCUCUCUCCUUUGCAGCCUGCCCUGACCUUGGCAUUUCCAGGGUGGGCUGCCCCAGGCACCCCCAGACCACACUGGCAUAGUCUUGGCAGGAUCCACAGAACCAGAUCAUUUGGGGUUUGGAUCAGAACCCCACACUAUUCCAAAUUUGAUAUUUGUUACUGAGAGUGUUGAAAGUUAAAGUUAGUCACAAUGAGUGAUGCACAGUCAAACCUACAAGUCCUGAGAGAUAGCCAGUAUCGUCAGCAUGAGAGGGAAAUGGCAGAACUUUGAAGAAGGAAGCCUUGGUCUAGCUGGAAAAAGAAUCUGAGGAGAGAACCAAGCGAGCUGAAGAGAGAGACAAAGAAUAUUACAGGAAGCUAAUGGAACUAUUGCAAGCUGAGACAGAACUUGCCAAACUUAAACUCCAAGUCAAAAUAAUGAAAGAACAGCAGAAUCUGUGUCAUUUUGGCAGUCCAGUUCCUCUCUACAGCAGAGAUGAAGAUAGAAUCUGUUCAGUUUAUAAGAAUGCUGAUAUAUUGUUUGGUAAGGACAUGGUAACUAUAUUUAAUCAGGUUGAUAUCAUAACCCGGUCCCAGAGAGAGUAUGAAUGUGAAUCUUCUGUGAUAUGUGUAACUAACGGAGAUUUGUGAAGUGGGGAUGUAUGACUUGUCUGUGUUUAACCAGGUUAAAGCCCUAACUGAUGAUGGGAAAGGCAGAUUUUUGGUGGGUGAUGGAUUGCUGGCAAGUGAAGUUUGUAAAAGUGUGUCUGAACCAGGUAAAAAUGGUGUGCUUAAAGUAGCUCAGUGUGAUGAGCCACUGCUUGUGGAAAGUAUCAGAGGGGGCAUCUGAUGAAGGGGGUUUUUUGCCCAUGAAAGCUUAUGCCCAAAUAAAUCUGUUAGUCUUUAAGAUGCCACCAGACUCCUCAUUUUUGCUUGUGGAAAGCAACAGUUUGUUGGUUAGGAGACUUCCGGAGGCAUCGUCGGUGGUACCUCUCCAGACUCUUGAAGUGCUGUCAAUAGGUCACCCAGGUUUUGCAUCCAUAAAGGAGUGUAGGAACAACGGUUGUCUUGUAGACCUGGAUCUUGGUGUCCUGCCAUAGGUCACGGUCCAUGAAAACACAUCAGAGCAAUUUCCCAAAGGAAGCACUUGCACACUGGAGCCUAUGCUGGAUCUCACUAUCGAUUUUUGUGUUUUGAGAAAGUUGGGUUACCAAGGUAGCAAAAGUGCUUGACUGUCUCCAAAAUCUGUCCCUUGAUAGUGAUUUGUGGUGGGUCAUGCACAAGGUCUGAAGCAGGCUGAUAGAGCACUUUAAUCUUCUCAAUAUUGAGUGAGAGUCUUAGGCUUCAGUAUACCUCUUCAGAGACUGUCACCUUGUUGUGGUGAAGAGGCUUGUGUGUUCCAAUGAUCCUCAGAGCUAAGUUGUCAGGAGCUUUAUGUUCCUGGUAGGGUCUCCCAAGGCAAACAGGUAUGAGGGGAGGUACCAGACAAAGCACAGUCCAAUCCCCCAUGUCCUCAACAGUGGAUCAGGCAGAAGAAGGUCCUUGGAUCUCAAUGGCUGUGAAAGCGGAGAACGGGAGGGCAGGAACAGGGGAAAGGAUCCAAUCUUGCUGAUGAGAAGGAGGAGCUAACUGAGAAGGGAAAUGAAAAUUUUGGGUGUGCAUAAUGAUGAGAAUUUGAAAGCUAGUGUCUGGGUUGAUACAAACUACCUGGCUGAUAAGUGAGGGGGAAUAUUUGCCCAUAUCUGUUAGCACACACCUGGUUAAGCUCUCUGAUGUAGUUGAUUUUGAUGCCAACCCUGGUAAAAACAUGCAAUGUGUAUAACUUUGAUGAAAGUAGCUGUAUAUGAAGACCCUGAUUUAGUCAGACAUGAUUUUGAUAAACUGUUUCUGUUGUACACUAAUACCUGUGAUGUAAACUAAAAGUGUAAUAAUACAGGACCAAGAAUGGAAAAUUCUUCUGAUGCAUUCAGCAGUGGCUAGGGAUAUGCCUUUCUGCAUCAAUUUUGCAUGUGUGUGUUGGGGUGACACUGUAUGGAAUCUGGGGGACGCUUUAGGGUAUUAUGAAUACCAAUAUUGUAAAAUUGCAAUCAGUUAUGGUAGAUGUGCUAUGUGAGGUAUCUGCGAAAAUGUUAUAAUUUGCCAAGUAUGAUGAUCUUGUUUAUAUGUUUGUAUCACCUUUGUAUUAUGAGUUACAGAUAUGUAGGGUAUAUCUCUAUUACAAACUUGUGCUGUGCAUCUGGGUGACGCCCCCAGAUAGAUUGGCAUAGCCUGCUUGAUGGCUCAUCAAGGGACAUCAACUGUACAAUGAACCCUUGGAAAGGAGGAUAUAGACAUUAUAUGAGUCAGCAAGGCAGGCAUGCAAGGACAUGCCUAUGGACAGAAUUCUAAGGCUUGCAGGCCAUGUGCUGGGAAGCUUGCGUUUGGAACAAUACAAGUUGCAUGGCAAUAUAAAAGGCGGCUUCAUCUCCAUUUAGUCUUCAUUCCCGGUUCUUACCACUGGAGUAACUUAUCUACAAACUGAAGUUCUGAACAAAGGACUGAAUGCCCCAUCCAAGCUGCAGAUGUGUUCCAGAGGGACUUUCAAGCCAGCAAACUCACCAAUACUGCUAGGAACC